CAGGACGAAUAAUCAUUCGCAGAGACAACGCUUACGGUUUUCUCUCUUCCGAGGUCGUACGAAGCUAGAAGCUGAGUGGACGACGAGUGGACGACGACUGGACGAGGCAAGACCGAGCCCCGCGUCGGAAAUAGCUUGUGAGCUCUCUGCAAUUACGACCUAGUGUUAAGUGCCGAUAACCUGGCCUUCUAAUUACACAUUCAAACCUUGAGCACAACUGCUAUCACUGUAAGAACUCUGUCAUGGGUCGAUUAGAGUCUGGAACUUCACUCCAAAUCCCCGCACUGACCGGAAAGGUCAUCUUAGUCACGGGAGGCACAUCUGGCCUCGGCAGUGAGAUUGUUCUACAGCUAUCCCAACAUAACCCGGAGCAUAUCCUUUUCACGGGCCGAAACCAUGAUGGUGCCAACCGUCUAAUUCAAACCAUCAAUUCUGCUACGCAAACCAGAGUCACCUUUAUACCUUGCGAUUUCACCUCCCUCACAUCCGUAAAGAAGGCCGGAGAUGCAAUCGCUUCGGCAGCCUCUCGUCUUGACCUUGUUUUCUGCAAUGCGGGCGUUAUGGCCGUCCCGAAAGGGACAACAGAAGACGGAUAUGAGAUCCAGUUCGGCAUCAAUCACCUUGCCCAUGCACUUCUGAUAGAGGUGCUGUUGCCUACUCUGUUGCGCACAGCAGAAAGCCCGGGUUCGGAUGUGCGCAUCGUCUUCACCACAUCUCUCGGUUUCACAUUCGCUACCACCAUCGACUUCCCCCAUCUUCGCUCUGAACAUGACAUGGGGAUUUUAGGAGCUUUGAAGAGGUACGGCCAGUCCAAGCUGGCGAAUAUCCUCUACGCUCGGCAACUGGCGGAGCACUAUCCUUCAAUCGUUAGUGUAUCUGUACAUCCUGGUAUCGUCAAGACAGGAAUGGCAUCCCGUUUUUCGACGUUUUAUCGCUACUUUAUCAAGCUUGCUACUAUCGGCCGACAGGUCAGCGUCACGGAAGGCUCGAAGAACCAACUAUGGGCCGCGACUACGGGAAGGGAGAGUAUCAAGAAUGGUCAGUUUUACGAACCCGUGGGGAAAGUAGGACGAAGGACCUCGGCUUCCAGGGAUGACAAGCUGGCAGCUGAGCUUUGGGCAUGGACGGAGGAGCAGUUGAAAGGAUUCAUGUAGCGCGUCCUGCACCCUCAGAUGAACACAAGAUGUCCCAGGCGCUCUCUGUGUUGUUAUCUGAGGACAACCCUGACACACUUACUUUCUAGCUUUGGAAAUGCGUUGAGAAAAUCAAGCAACAACGGGACCGUAGACUUCAUGCAUUCUUCUGAUUACC